AUGGCGGCGGCGGCGGCGGGCGGCCCCGCGGCCGAGGCGGCGGAGGGCCGCGUGCGGGCGUGGGCGGCGGCGCAGGCGGCGCGCGGGCGGCGCGUGGCGCUCGUGACGUCGGGCGGGACGCAGGUGCCGCUGGAGGCGCGCGCCGUGCGCUUCCUGGAGAACUUCAGCAGCGGGCGGCGCGGCGCCGCCUCGGCCGAGCGGCUCGUGGGCGCCGGCUACGGCGUCUGCUUCCUGCACCGCGCGCGCUCCGCCUUCCCCUGGGCGCGCGCGCUGCCGCCGCCCGGGCCCGCGCUCCUCGAGGCGCUGCGCCUCACGCCCGGGCCGCCGCCCGGCGUCGCCGCCGCCCCCGCCGCCCUGCCCGCGCUCCUGCCCGCGCUGCGCGCCUACCGCCGCGCCGCCGACGCCGGCGCGCUGCUCGCCCUCGAGUUCACCGGCCUCGCCGAGUACCUGGCGCUGCUGCGCGCCGCCGCCCGCGCCCUCGCGCCCUUCGGCUCCAGCGUCAUGUUCUACCUGGCGGCCGCCGUGUCCGACUUCUACGUCCCCACCUCGGAGAUGCCCGAGCACAAGAUCCAGUCCUCAGAGGGGUCCCUGCAGAUCACAAUGGAGAUGGUGCCAAAAAUGCUGUCUCCUCUGGUCAAGGAAUGGGCUCCGGAGGCAUUUGUUAUUUCCUUUAAACUGGAAACGGAUCCCUCGAUCUUAAUUGAAAAAUCACGGAAGGCUUUGGAGAAAUAUCGUCACCAGGUGGUGGUAGCGAAUAUCCUGGAGUCGCGGAGAACCUCAGUUAUUAUUGUAACCAAAGACUCUGAAACGCCAUUAUCUCUUUCUGACGAAGAGAUAGCUCAAGGCAUGGAGAUAGAGGAAAAGAUAGUGAGCUACCUUCAAGAUCAACAUACAGCAUUUAUAGAGAAGAAAUUCUGAGGAUCACCUCAUUCCAGUUCUGAAUGAACAAAUGAAAUUUUACUAGGGAGGGAGUGGAACUGGAACAGUUCUCUGUCACAGGUAAAUAGAAUAAUACUCACUAUGGGAAAAGCUGCCGUCCAAAACUGUAUAACUUUUCCAUAGCUUCAUAAUGGUUAUUGUGGCUUGCUUUCAAAAAGAAAAAUACACUGAAAUGAAAACAUUCCAAA